AUGUCUCGUGCCUCACCGUCACCGUUACCUGCCGCUGAUACUGCAGCCAGAGCCGGAGCCAGAGCCAACGCUGAUGCUGAAGCUGAAACUGACCGUAUCCGCCACAGAGGCUCCAACGAGUACCAUGUCUCGUCGUCCUUCUCGGCAGAGUCUGCAGACCGCUCAAAAGCGCGGAGCAGCAUAAACUUCAACUCCAACACGGAAGCAAAAAUCAAGAACCCACUCAUUGGCAUCCCGCGACGGACUCUGCUCAACGAUGUCGACGACUUCUGCCGCACAAAGUCGCUGGAGGACUACCGCUCCAUCAUCCGCAAGGGCGCGCUUGUUGCCCAGGAUCCUACUGGCUACGAAGACAUCACCGGCUCCGAGGCUCUGAGCCCGCAAGAGAUUGAAGCUCUCCGCAACGAGGUACUGCACAAAUGGCGGAUCCCCUGGACGCUGUUCUUAACCGUCGUUACGUGCUCCAUCGGCGCGGCGGUGCAGGGCUGGGAUCAGACGGGGUCGAACGGCGCGAAUCUCGCCUUUCCUCGUGCUUACGGCAUAGAUUCUGACAGCAUCCAUGACAAGCUCAUUGUCGGCCUCGUCAAUGCUGCGCCAUACAUCGGGACAUCGCUCGUUGGCUGCUGGCUGUCAGAUCCUUUAAAUUAUCACUUUGGCCGCCGCGGGGCCAUCUUUGCGUCUGCCAACUUCUGUCUUUGGCCCGUUCUGGGGAGUGCCUUUUGCAAUACGUGGCCCAGGCUGCUGAUAUGCCGUCUGCUUAUGGGCGUGGGGAUGGGCGCAAAAGCAUCUACUGUGCCCAUCUUUGCUGCAGAAAACUCACCAGCCCCCAUCCGAGGCGCUCUCGUCAUGAGCUGGCAGCUGUGGAACGCAUUUGGUAUUUUCCUCGGGACUUGCGCUAACCUUGCAGUCAUGGGAAUUGGUGCUGAGGCUUGGAGAUACCAGCUGGGCUCAGCUUUCAUCCCGGCUGUGCCACUUGUGUGCCUUAUUUACUUUUGCCCCGAGUCGCCGCGUUGGUACAUCAAGAAGAACCGGUAUAGAGAUGCUAUGCGAUCUUUACUCCGCCUCCGAAACAACCCCAUCCAGGCCGGUCGCGAUAUCUACUACAUACACGUUCAGCUCGAAGUGGAGGCUGAGUUCACCGGCUCUGGCAACUAUGUUAAGCGAUUUAUAGAACUCUUUACCCUGCCCCGGGUCCGUCGCGCGACUCUGGCGGCCUUUACCGUCAUGAUUGCGCAGCAGAUGUGUGGUAUUAACAUUAUUGCCUUUUACUCGUCAACUGUCUUCCUGGAUGCUGGAGCAAGCCAAACCGGAUCUCUCUGGGCCUCCUGGGGGUUUGGUCUGGUCAACUUCUUGUUCGCCUUUCCUGCCGUCUGGACGAUUGACACGUUUGGUCGGCGAUCUCUCCUCCUCUUCACCUUUCCGCAGAUGGCAUGGACGCUGCUGGCUGCAGGUCUCUGCAAUCUGAUACCCGGAAAGAAUGGACCUCAUCUGGGCUUUGUUGCUUUCUUUAUUUACUUGUUUGCAGCCUUUUACUCGCCAGGCGAAGGCCCUGUUCCGUUUACGUAUUCGGCCGAAGUGUUUCCUCUGUCACACCGUGAAAUGGGCAUGGCGUUUGCGGUAGCGACUUGUCUUUUCUGGGCGGCUGUGCUGUCCAUCACGUUCCCCCUGAUGCUUGCCAGGCUAGGGGUCACAGGCUCAUUUGGAUUAUAUGCGCUCUUCAACGUCAUCGCAUUGGUCAUGAUUUUCCUCUGGCUUCCGGAGACGAAGCAGCGGACGCUGGAAGAGCUGGACUACAUCUUCGCCGUGCCUUCGCGAGUCUUUAUGAAGUACCAGGUAACCAAGACGUUGCCCUGGUGGAUCAAGCGAUGGAUCUUGCUCCGAAAGGAUGCGACGCUCGAGCCGUUGUAUACACUGGAUGUGGCUGAGCAUCACGACUCGGAAGAAGGCGAGGAUCAAUUUGAGAAUGACAAGGCCAAGGUCGAGCUGAAAGACAUUGUUGGCUUUGCACCGGUGGCCGUCAACCCCAGGCCACCUUCUUCGGAAGCAGUGUGA